AUGAAGAUGAUAUCAGUGCUUGUGAUUGUUACUUCAUACCUGUGGUCAGUGCAAGGACAGUCAGACUUACAAUGUACGACACCUACAGGGAGUAUGGGACAAUGUAUCUCACUGAUGGAAUGUCCACAGUUGUUGGCACUUGUACAAAAUAUGCAGAGAACACCUGAAGAAUUAAAGUUAUUGAGAGAUUCACAAUGUGGUUUCGUCGAAUCCAGUAAUUUGCCAAAACAAUCUCAGGUAUGCUGCGAAGUAAAUAACACUAGGAUCGAAGAAGACCGACGCUGCUUCACGCCAGACGGCAACGAGGGCACUUGCGUAGAUCUGUAUACAUGUCCUACACUCACCAAUCUUUUGAAACAGCCGGUUGAUAAGGAAAGCAAAAGCUACGUGCAAAACUCUAGAUGUGAGGGUCCUGCAAAGUACAAUGUAUGUUGUGGACCACCCAGAAACCCAAACGUGGGUACCAUGAGGAACUGUAACCCCACUGCCGCACCGCCCGACCCCCGCACAGAGUGCUGCGGUCUCGAUAGUUCCAGCGGAAAUAAAAUAUUUGGUGGCAACGUGACCGCUAUAGAUCAAUACCCUUGGUUGACUAUAUUAGAGUACGUGGGGACUAGGGAUAAGAAAAUCAAACUACUUUGCGGAGGGGUCUUAAUCAGUGGCAGAUACGUGCUCACAGCUGCGCACUGUGUGGAUGGACCCGUUCUUAGAGUUGGCAAACCAACUAACGUCCGUCUAGGUGAAUACAAUAUAGGCUCAUCAGGUGGACCCGACUGUGUUGAAGUGGAGGGCGGCGGACAGGACUGCACAAAUGGUGUCACCUUAGUACCAAUUGAGAAAGUAAUUAAACAUCCUCUAUAUGACCCCGCGUCGACACUCAGAAGACACGACAUUGCUUUGCUGAGGCUACAGUUCAAUGCGCCUUACAAUGACUUCAUCAGACCCAUUUGUCUACCAACUUCCGACAUCGCAUUAACCAAGCCGCCGCUAAUGUUAUAUGCGGCAGGGUGGGGAGCCGUAAGCGAAUAUGAGAGCUUCAGUAAUAUAAAACUUCAUGUCGAUCUACCAUAUAAAACUUUACAGGAAUGCCAACCAUCCUACAACGUUGCCAACCGAAGAGUUCAGUUAUGGCAGGGUCAGUUAUGCGCAGGGGGUGAACUUGGCAAGGACACUUGCAAAGGAGACUCGGGAGGUCCCCUUAUGUUGGAUAACACUAGGAUCUACACAGUAGUCGGCAUUGUGAGUUUCGGCCCAACGCCCUGCGGAUUGGACAACGUCCCCGGCGUUUAUACCAAAGUUUAUGAAUACCUGCCUUGGAUACGUACUCAAAUGAAGCCU